CGGCUGGGGAGAGCGCCGGGGGAGUCCCCGGGCAAGGGCAAGGCUUUGCGGGGAAGCUCCUCGCCGGCUGGGGAAGCCGCCUCUGCGCAGCAGCCUCCGGCCUUGUACGUCCAGCUCCACGGAGAGACCGCCCGCAGGCUGGAACCGCACGAGAAGCCCCUGCAGAUUCAAAACGACUACCUCUCGCAGCUGGGCUUCCGGGACCUGUGGCGGGUGCAGGAGGAGGGCAUGGACUCGGAGACCGGUUGCCUCAUCCGUUUCUAUGCAGCAGUGAUGAUCCUAAGAGGAAAUAGAAGAUUCAGACCUGAGGAAUUAAGUGACGGUGCUUGGGAGAAACAAUUGACACAAGCUGGCCCAGGAAUGCUUAUCUUUGAUUAAA